AUGGCUUUUGAUCCAGAAAAAGGCCUCGACAAGGUCAAUUUCUCUACUGUCGACCAGAGUUCUCUCGAUGUGGCCCCUGCCGAGAACAAUGUCGCCCCGUCGCACGAGACCGGCUUUCUGGCCAAGAUUCGGGCUUUGGAAGCCAGAAUGGACAAGGCUUUGGGUCUAGAGUCGGAGGCUAUCACCCGAAAACGUGCCGAGGACAAGAAACCCGUGCAUUGGGUGGAAGAAUUGUCGAUGGCGUUGCUGUGGGCGAGUGGCACCAUGAACACCUCCUGCUUUGCGACUGGCUUUCUCGGGUGGGAAUUCGGCCUGACCCUGAAACAAUCAAUCCUCAUUUCCAUCUUCGUAUCUAUCCUGGCUGCAUCGCUCAGUGGAUUUUGUGCGACCUUUGGCGCGGUGACCGGGUUGCGCCAGAUCAGUGUCAGUCGGUACAGCUUCGGUUGGUGGCCGAACAAACUGGUCGCUCUGCUCAACGGUAUUCAGCAACUGGGCUGGGCAGCCGUCGCAUGUAUCACCGGAGGCCUUGCGUUGACUGCCGUUUCCGACGGCAAAGUCUCUUUGAUUCUGGGAAUCGUCAUUCUGGCGGUCGUGGCCCUGCUCAUCUCUUUCGUCGGACUGAAAGCCAUUCUGAUCUACGAGCGGUGGGCCUGGAUGAUCUUCUUUAUUAUCUUUUUGAUCAUCUAUGGUGAGACCGGCCAGUAUGCAGAUAAUACGGCACCCGCCUCCGUGACAGGAGUCACCUUCUCGGGUGAAGUGCUCAGUUUGAUUGCCGUGGUCUACGGAUCCAGCGCAUCAUGGUGCACAAUGGCUAGCGAUUACUACGUCCACUACCCUGCCGAUGUCAGCCGUGUGAAGGUUUUCCUCAUGACCACCUUCGGUAUUGCAAUUCCGACCUCCAUUGGUUUGGUCGCCGGUUGUAUCGCCGCCUCCGCGCUAAACACCAAGCCUGAAUGGUCUGACGCAUAUGACCAGGGAAUUGGCUACCUGAUCCAAGAGAUGCUCCAUCCUCGUGGAUUUGCGAAGUUUCUCCUUACCCUCCUCGUCUUGUCCGGUAUCAAUGUCAACGUGAUCAGCAUUUACAGUUCUGCCAUUUCCUUCCAGCAAUUGUCCCGACCCUUCGCCCGUGUUCCUCGUCUCCUGUGGACCCUCUUCUGCUUCGUCUGCAUCCUUGCCCUGUCGAUUGGUGGCCGAGAAAAGCUCAACACCUACCUCCAAGAUUUCCUGAGUCUGCUGGGAUACUGGUGCACGAGUUACGCUGUGAUUCUGUUCGAGGAACACUAUAUUUUCCGCAAGGGCAGCUUCGACAAUUACGAUUUGGAAGGGUGGAACGAUCCGGCCAGGCUGCCGCUAGGUAUCGGUGCGGGAGUUGCAUUUAUCCUCGGGGUUGUGGCGUGGUGUAUGGGCAUGAGUGAGACGUGGUUCGUUGGGCCUCUUGCUAAAACGAUUGGUGAAUACGGUGGUGAUGUUGCCAACGAAUUUACUUUCGUGGUGACGGCCUUGACCUAUAUCCCAGCACGAUACCUGGAGCUGAAGUAUUUUGGCCGGUAA